GCACUCAAAAACAUGAAAAGUAAAUAAAUGCGCGGAAAGAAAGAAAGUAGAGAGUAGAGACAGUCAAAACACUUGAAGAUUGUAAGAAAAAAAAAAUUAUUGACAAUAAUGAAAGCGGGUUUAUCUAUCUAUCCUUCAUUUAUUCACGAGCCAGGUAGCAGUUGGGGUUACUGGACCCCACACCAAUAGAACUCAGUUUCUCACUUCCCUCUCCCCUCAAAGAGCCAAUCAAACCCCGCCACGUAAGCCAUCAAUGAUUUUUACAAAGGAACCGACACCCCUUGAUUUACCCACAUCCAUUAAUGAACAACCUCAACAAUAAACAAAAACAAAAAACCUUUGUCUCCAACACAAACACACCGCUACAGAACAUACAUAACAUAGGCACUGUCUCUGUUCUGUCUGAACUCUGAACACAGAUAAAUCCGCCAUGUAUUUUCGCAUCUAUGGCGUCACGAUCCUCCUCUUCCUCCUCCCAACCCUCACAUUCUCCCUCUCGCAGGGUCAGAUAAACUCAAACUCAAUCCUCGUCGCUCUGCUGGACUCGCAUUACACCGAAGUAGCUGAGCUUGUGGAAAAAGCCAUGCUUUUGCAGACGCUGGAGAACACCGUGAUGAACAACAACAUCACAAUCUUCGCUCCCAGAAAUGAAGCCCUCGAACGCGAUCUCGACCCUGAUUUCAAGCGCUUCCUCCUCGAACCCCGCAAUCUCCAAUCCCUCCAAACUCUCCUUUUGUCCCACAUCGUCCCCAAAAGAAUCAUCAAACCCGAAUACCUAACCGGGACGGGCAAGCCGGGUAGGCCAAAUAACCCGACCCGGCACCGAACGCUAGCUCCGAACCACCACCUCACUCUCCAGUCCCUGAAUUUGACUCACUGGAAUGUCGAUUCUUCCCGGGUCAUGAACCCGGAUUCAGUGACCCGACCCGACGGAGUGAUCCACGGCAUCGACACUUUACUAAUCCCUCGCUCCGUCCAAGACGAAUUCAACCGUCGCCGGAAUCUGAUCUCCAUCGCGGCCGUGAAACCCGAACCCUCCCCGGAGGUCGACCCGCGAACCCACAGGUUAAAAAAACCAGCGCCGGCAUCGCCGGCGGGUUCUCCGCCGGCGCUCCCGAUCUACGACGCGAUGGCGCCGGGGCCCUCGCUAGCUCCGGCGCCAGCGCCGGGGCCUGGGGGGCCCCGCCACCACUUCAAUGGGGAGAAGCAAGUAAAAGACUUCAUCCACACGCUUCUCCAUUACGGCGGUUACAACGAGAUGGCGGAUAUUCUGGUAAACUUAACGUCACUGGCGACGGAGAUGGGACGGUUGGUUUCGGAGGGUUACGUGUUGACGGUGUUGGCUCCAAACGACGAGGCCAUGGCGAAGUUAACCACGGACCAGUUAAGUGAACCGGGUUCGCCCGAACAGAUUAUGUAUUAUCAUUUGAUUCCUGAGUAUCAGACCGAGGAGAGCAUGUACAAUGCCGUUAGAAGGUUCGGGAAGGUCCGUUACGACACCUUACGGUUGCCGCACAAGGUGACGGCGCAGGAGGCUGACGGCUCCGUUAAGUUCGGGCACGGGGACACUUCCGCGUACUUGUUCGACCCCGAUAUUUACACGGAUGGACGGAUCUCCGUUCAGGGAAUUGACGGCGUUCUCUUUCCGCCUCAGGAGGAAGAGGCUGGGCCCGUUACCCGAUCCAAGCCCGCUAAGGUCGUCGUUAAGCAAAGAAGAGGUAAAUUGUUGGAAACAGCAUGUUGGAUGCUUGGAAGCUUUGGACAGAACUCUAGAUUCAUCUCUUGUCAAUAAAGAGCUCUUAUCUGGAUGCUAGCAAGACUAGUUAAGAACAAAAAUACUGCACAGGAAAUUCCACAGAUGUAAAAAGUCAACGGAGUAUGAAGGCCAGCUUACUUGAAAUGGGUUAAUAGCAGCUGCUAUGGAUUUGGUUUUCCCACGUUUUUGUGAUGCUCUUUUUUCUUUCUCCUCGAUUUUUCUCCUUGUGGAUUUGGGUCUUGGACUAGAGAACAAAAGUUUCUCGAGUCUAGUAAAAAACAAUAUAUAGUGCACUGAGUAUAUUAUAAUGCAAUUUAGCUUCAGUUAGUAGUGCUGCUACAAAUCGUUAGGAGGUUGUGUUGGUGGGAUGAGAAGGUUUUAUGUAAUAAGAUGGCAGUGAAAUCUGUGCCCGAUUCAGUAACUUUACUCAAAAAAUGCAAAUGGAAAUACAGUAAUAAUCAAUAAAAUGAUUCUUUUUUGUAAUGACAUUUUGUACAUUUCCUCUUCA